AUGUCACCCUUGUACUGCCACGGGAAACCAAGGCCUCUCCUCCUCCUCCUCCUCCUCGCGGUCACCCUCACACUACUCGCCGCCGCAGCCACGGCCGAGGAUGUCUCCUCCGGCACGGCCCCCUUCUACCCCUCCGCGGAGGCGGCCGCGGCGGCGCACUGCGAAGGCACGCUGUACCCGGAGCUGUGCCUGUCCACGCUCGCCGACAUCCCGGACCUCCACAAGAAGCCGCUCCCGGACGUGAUCUGCGCGGCCGUCAACCGCACCGAGACCGAGGUGACCACCAUGUCCGCCAACUGCUCCGCCUACCUUCACGGGAGGUCCCUCACGUCGCGCGACCACCUCGCCGUCAUGGACUGCAUGGAGCUCCUCGACACCACCAUGGACGAGCUGGUGGCCACCACGGCCGACCUGCAGUCGCCGUCCGCGGCCAGGCGGCCGACCAUGGAGCACGCCGUGACGGUGCUCUCGGCGGCCAUCACCAACCAGCAGACCUGCCUGGAGGGCUUCUCGUACCAGAAGGGCGGCGAGGUGCGGCGCUACAUGGAGCCCGGCAUCCGGCACAUCGCCAAGAUGGUCAGCAACUCGCUGGCCAUGGCCAAGAAGAUGCCCGGUGCCGGGGCUGGCGGCUCUAAGCCUUCACCGUCGACGGAGGAAACGGAAAGCGUCGCGGCGCGGCAGCCGUUCACGGGGUACGGGCAGGUGGUGAAGGGCGGGUUCCCGCGGUGGGUGAGGCCCGGGGACCGGCGGCUGCUGCAGGCGCCGGCGUCGGGCAUCCAGGCGAACGCGGUGGUGGCCAAGGACGGGAGCGGGGGGUUCACGACGGUGUCGGCCGCGGUGGCGGCGGCGCCGGCCAACUCGAAGAGCAGGUACGUGAUCUACAUCAAGGCCGGGGCGUACAUGGAGAACGUGGAGGUGGGGAAGAGCCACAAGAACCUCAUGUUCAUGGGCGACGGCAUGGGCAAGACGGUGAUCAAGGCCAGCCUCAACGUCGUCGACGGCUCCACCACCUUCCGCUCCGCCACAGUCGCUGUGGUGGGCAGCAACUUCCUGGCCCGCGACCUCACCAUCGAGAACGCGGCCGGCCCGUCCAAGCACCAGGCGGUGGCGCUCCGCGUCGGCGCCGACCUCUCGGCGUUCUACCGCUGCAGCUUCGUGGGCUACCAGGACACCCUCUACGUGCACUCGCUCCGGCAGUUCUUCCGCGAGUGCGACAUCUACGGCACCAUCGACUUCGUCUUCGGCAACUCCGCCGCCGUGCUCCAGAGCUGCAACCUCUACGCGCGCCGGCCCCUCCCUAACCAGAGCAACAUCUACACGGCGCAGGGCCGGACGGACCCCAACCAGAACACCGGCAUCUCCGUCCAGAAGAGCAAGGUGGCCGCCGCCUCCGACCUCGCCGCCGUGCAGUCCAGCUUCAAGACCUACCUGGGCCGGCCGUGGAAGCAGUACUCGCGCACCGUCUUCAUCCAGUCGGAGCUCGACAGCGUCGUCGACCCCGCCGGCUGGCUCGCGUGGGACGGCACCUUCGCGCUCGACACGCUAUACUACGCCGAGUACCAGAACACGGGGCCCGGCGCCGGCACGUCCGGCCGGGUGUCGUGGAUGGGGUACCGUGGCAUCAUUAGCGCGUCUGAGGCCAGCACCUUCACGGUGGGGUCCUUCAUCGACGGCGACGUCUGGCUCGCCGGCACGUCCAUCCCAUUCUCCGGCGGGUUGUGA